CUGUGAUGAUUGAUUCAAGUGUUAGAGUUUUUGCAUCAGGGCUGGUUUGAUUUUGCUUUUCUUUUGGAGUCCAAUGGUGGGUUCUUGUUUUCUCGGGACAGAACAGUGGAAAAUUUAAGAUUCAAAAUUUUAGGGUCUUUCCCUUUAUUUUUUGUUUUUUGUUCUGCACUUUCUAGCAACCAAACCAAGCUUGAAGCCCAUCACUACCUCCCCCGUUUUCACUUCUUUAUCUUUCCGUGGAAUUUGGCUGGCUUGAUUGUGCUCCAACAGAUCCGCAUUUGACUAUGAUAAAAAGACCCUAGUUGUGCCAUUGUUUUUCUAUAUUGAGGUCCAGACUUCCCAUGGUUUGAUGUGUGUGAGAAUCUUUGGUGUUUGAAUUAUCUUUUGUUCGGUUGACCAUUUCAACUAAUUUUGGGAAUUUCAAGUGAGAUCUGUUCUGGCGCAAGGAGGAACCUUGUUCCUGUUUUCAGCAGAUGUAUUCGUUGUGGGGUUGAGAAGAUGGGAGGUUGUGUGUCAACUAGCAGUCGGAGUACUUGUAGUAGCAGGGGCAAUGGAAAGAGAGUUUCUCCAUCUUGUAUGGGGAUUGGGAUUUGUAGGCGAAAGAGAACUAAGAAAACAUUUGCAGACCAUGUCAAUACAUUGCAACAUUUGCCCUCAAUCCCCAACCGAAUUUUCACGAAUGGGAAGAGCCGAGCUUCCUGCAUAUUCACUCAGCAGGGCCGGAAGGGCAUAAACCAGGAUGCCAUGAUUGUGUGGGAAGAUUUUAUGUCGGACGAUGUGACUUUUUGUGGUGUUUUUGACGGUCAUGGUCCACAUGGUCAUCUUGUUGCCCGCAAAGUGAGGGAUGCUUUGCCAUUAAAGCUACUGUCAUUCUUGCAUUCUUAUCAGUCAAGGCAAAACGGGUCCAGCACUGCUUGUUUCAAAUCAGAUUUGAAGAAGCUGGAUGGUGGAGAUUCUGAAAAGGACAGCUCAACCGAGGAUAAACUGGACUGUCUAUGGAGAGAAGCUUUCCUCAAGUCAUACAAAGCCAUGGACAAAGAAUUAAGGUCCCAUCCUAACUUGGAUUGCUUCUGCAGUGGUAGCACCGCUGUUACUAUAGUGAGACAGGGUUCAAAUCUUUUCAUGGGAUAUAUUGGGGAUUCACGAGCAAUCUUGGGAUCCAAGGACAGCAGUGAUUCCAUGGUGGCAAUCCAGUUGACAGUUGAUCUAAAACCUGAUUUACCCAGGGAAGCUGAGAGGAUUAAACGAUGUAAAGGUAGGGUCUUUGCAUUGCAAGAUGAGCCUGAAGUGCCUAGAGUUUGGCUACCUUUUGAUGAUGCCCCUGGAUUAGCCAUGGCUCGAGCAUUUGGGGAUUUUUGUUUGAAGGAGUAUGGGGUCAUCUCUAUACCAGAAUUCUCUCACCGAAUGCUUACAGAUAGGGAUCAGUUCAUUGUUCUUGCUUCUGAUGGGGUCUGGGAUGUUUUGAGCAAUGAAGAAGUGGUUGAGAUAGUGUCCUCAGCUCCAACCCGUUCAUCUGCUGCGAGGAUCCUGGUGGACUCAGCUGCUCGUGAAUGGAAACUCAAAUACCCAACUUCAAAGAUGGAUGACUGUGCGGUGGUUUGCUUAUUUUUGGAUGGGAAAAUGGACUCUGAAUCUGAUUACGAGGAACAAGGUUUUUCUACGGCCACCCUCCAAAGCAACCAUUCUGGUAAUGCAAUGGAAUCAGAUGAUGGCCAGAACUCUGAGCCAUCUUUGCAAAGGAAUUUUACUGUCAGAUCAUCAGAAGAAAAUGAUUCUUUCAGAAGAAUACCGAUUGAGAUUGAAGGUCAUGAAGAAACGGUAAUGGUGGAAGAUCAGAACUGGUUGGGUUUGGAGGGUGUCACUCGAGUUAACUCGCUUGUUCAACUUCCAAGAUUUUCAGAAGAGAGGCCAAACUCCUAAUUUUUUUUGUUUCUGGUUAAUGGAAUGGGAUUGGCGUUGUUGUAAUAUCUGGCCCUUAGUGGCUCACAAAACCAAGAAAUACAGUCUUGGCUUGAUUCCAUCAUCAUGAAGGUUUGUGCAGGAACCCUUUUGCCUUCUGGCAUUUCAUUUUGUUGGUAUUGCAGAAAAACGCAGGACAGCUUUCAUGGAAGAAAUUGAAUUGAAUCAAUGUCAAUACAACUCUUGGUUCUACUUUGAUGUGUCAA